CAGGUUCCAGGAGAUGGAGAAGUCGGCGAAGGAGGAGGCGCACACGCUGGAGCAGUCUCUUCGGGGGCUGCUGGGCCGCACGCCCGCCGGCGCCGCCGCCGCCGGCAGCGUCGAGAGCCUCGAGGACCACGACGAGGACGACGACGAUGACGACGAGCCCGACAUCGACGAGGCGACCGGCCUGGAGAGCGGCUUCGGCGACAGCUUCUUCGGCAUACCAAAUGUGUGUGUUGAACGUGAAGAAAUUGAUGAGAGUACACAUCGAAAUAACUCAAAAGGUGAAGAUGGAGAUGAUGCUGCAGCUAUCUUUGGUUCAUUCCAUUUCUCCAGUUGCCAACAAACACCAAUUUCAUAUGUGUGCCGCACUAAAAUGAAUUCUCAUGGAAUUCGGAAGACUUUCAUUGUGAAGUAUCAGUGCUGCUAUGGCCAUCAACGUGUUGAAGGAAAACCUGGCUGUGUUGAAGUGCACAUGAAGCCACUGAUGGAUACUUUGGAGGAUGUUGGAGCUCGUGACUUUGUUGAACUGGUUCGGUCUUCUGGUCUUGAUGAAAAAGUCCGUGAAAGCAAUAUGACAAUAUUUGCUCCAUCUGAUGAUGCAAUCCGAGACUUCACAGACAGUUUUCAAGAAGCAAACCAGGUGGAGUUCUACUCAACCAUUACCCAGAGAAGAAAACGUGAAACUAAUACCAAAGAAGAUAACCUCAGCAUGCGCAAGAUUGUCUUAGGUCACAUGACACCAGGCUUCUAUGAUAUCAAUGAGAUUGUGAACAAAAAUGAGGUGUUUACGGAAAACAACAAUAGCUCUAUUAGGUUAAAUGUGUAUCCAGCCCCAGGAGAACGUAUUAUUACAGCAAACUGUGCUCGUGUAACAUCCAUCAACAACUAUGCCACCAAUGGCAUUGUACAUGUAGUGGAUAGAGUUCUUCAACCUGUGACUCAGUCUUUGGCACAACUCAUUGCACAAGAUGAGCAAUUCACAACACUGGAAUCAAUGCUGAGCAAAGCUGGCCUUCUCAAACAAUUAGCUGAACCAGGACACUGGACAUUGUUUGCAUUCACUGAUUCUGCCUUUCAGAAACUUGAUGCAAACAUUCGCAAGAGAUUGACAGAUGCUGAUACUUGCAUUACAAAUGUCGUGCGUCAUCACUUAGUUCCUCAUACUCUCUGUUCUGCUCCUAUUGUGACGCAUGCAACCACUCUAAACCUUGAUGGAGAACCACUUUCUCUUGAACGUCGACCUGAAGAUGGUAAACUUUUUGUGAACAAAGUACAGAUUGUAGCAAAGGAUAUUAUGGCUACUAAUGGAAUAAUUCAUGUUGUUGAUGAUGUUCUCAUGCCAGAUUCAGGCCAACCAUUGAGUCAUGUGUUGGGAGCUCAUAACUUGACAACUUUCCGAAGCCUAUUGGAAGAGGCUGGUCUUUCUGAAGCCCUGGAUUCCACCAGCAAUGUCACCCUCUUUGUGCCUUCUGAGGAAGCGCUCUCACAGCCAGAAGCAGUGGCUGAGCUGGACAAACGUCGAGGGGAUCCAGCUGCUCUGCGUGAUCUGCUUCUGUUCCACUCCACUGGACCAGCUGUCAAGGGCUGCGAUCUGGGUUCCAGCCGACAUGAGCUCAAGAGUGGUUUAGCUGAUCACUCACUGCGCCUUGGCUACUACUCCUCUUGGCCCUUCCUAAGCAGUGCAGCGCCUGGUCGAGCUACAGUGGAGUGUGCUCGAGUCACUCACUUUGAUAGUCGUGCCUGUGGUGGUGUAGUUCAUGAAGUCGAUCGGCUAUUGGUGCCGCCAGAAAAUUCUGUGCUUGAUAAACUUCGUAAUCUGGGCAAUUAUUCCAUAUUGCUUCGACUGAUUGAGAAUGCUAACUUGGAGAAUGAACUGAAACAGAAUGCUCCUUUGACGAUACUGGCUCCCCCAGACUCGGUGUUUGAACAACUUGAUCCUGUUGAUUUGCAACUGCUUCACAAUGAUACCCAGUUGGCUGCUCGCAUUAUUAAACAUCACAUCCUCCCAGAAAUGUUGUGCUGUACGGGUAUUGGAGCAUCGUCUUGGCUGUUUGUGAAUCGGGUGGAGACUCUUGAUGGACACUAUGUGGCUGUGAGAAGAGAUAGUGAUGACAAUGUCCAUAUUGGAACUACAACUGUAAGGCAGUGUGAUAUCAUGGCAACUGAUGGCAUUAUCCAUUCAGUGAACAGGAUCAUGGUACCCAUGAGACGUAAGAACAGUCGCAACAAGAACCCCAAUGUGGAUGUUUUCUUGUAUGGUCUUUAAACUAGAUUUUUAUACCAAAUGUUACUGUUUACUUCCCAAUAAGCUUGCAAUCAGAACAGAAGAGCUGCUUCAGUAGUUCGUUGCAUUUGUGCAAGCAUAGGAAGAACACAUGAAAACUACAAAAAAGCAGUGAUACAGUUUACUUAAAGCAAAUUUGAAGCUUGAGAAAGAGCUGCACCCAGAUAAUUGAGAU